CUAUCAAUAAAAGCCUCUGCCGUGCCAUGGUACGCGUCUAUCGUCAAUAGUCUUGCCCACAACCCCCCCAGCCGAGACAGCCUCGCUCCAUAACGAGACAGCGACACCUCGCCGCCAGUGAACCGUUGUUCUGUUUCUGCACCCACAGCAUGGCUCGCGGGCGGCCUUCCGCUCUCUAGAUCCUGGAGCCCGUCUCGCGCUCCGCCCUUCACCCGAGCCUUCAGGCGGGCCGUUGCGCUCGGGGUGCUUGCUAGUGCACUUGUAGUCGCUGUUAGCGACCGCAUGUCGUCCUCACUCACAUUUGCACAGUCUCGCGCCCUGAAGCCUGUCGUGACUCGCGCCGCCAUGACACUUUUAUUUUUCCAUGGCUAGGCGCGGGGCUGGGAUGCGCCGCGGCCUGCAGCGAUCAGCAGGCAUUCCGAGCGCUGGCUUUGCCACCAAAGAAUCUCCCGUUCGGUCCGUUGAACGGGGCCCCGUUAACUGCCACGCUGCGCUCAGGGAUCGAGUCGGGGCGCGAUGGGGCACUGCGCUGCACAUGGGAACCAGAUUCGCCGGUAAGACUUUCCGCAGCCAGCUUGUUGUCAAAUGCCCUCCCUCUGCGCCCUCUGAUUGCUCCGGAGCUCACGGCACGCGGUCACAUUCAUCAGUUGGGCUCAGAGAUCUGCACGCGCACACAGAAGCAGUCACGGCGAGCGAGGGGAGGGUUGCACGGCAGAUGGCAGGUCUGCGUUGUCUACGAUUCGAUUCAUUGUCUGCCCUAGCGUCACACAGCCGUCGGUUUCCUCUGCAUCGGCGGCGCUGCCGACCGGUGACAACCCGGCGCGAGCUGUCUCCUCUUCCAGCAGGCAGGAUACGUUACAAGGAUCGCUCACAACUCGCAUGAACUUUCGUUCACGUGACGCUAGCGAGCGAGUGAGCGUUGUGCAUGUACAACCGCGCUGCACAAUUGACCGUGCGAAGCAUGGUAGUCUGCAAGCCAUCGGACCGUCUGGCGGACGAGGCAGCGG